UGUUGUGUUGUGUUGUGUUGUGUGGAGGUUGUGUGGAGGUUGGCGAAACUGGACAACGCCGUGGAGGGCAUCGUGGAGACUGACAGUCAAACCGCACCGUGGGAAGAAAUUUCAACAAGAUCCGAGGGGUGAAAAGGUUGACACCACCCUUCCACGCAAUUGCCAUCAUUCGUGGAUCCAAGCCGCCAAGAGAUUACGCGUCACCGAAGCCAUCUUGACAUCCCAUGAUGAUGGAUGGAAAUAUUCUGGCCGGAAUGCAAAUCAUAUUCAAUCCUUUGUUUUUGAUCACAGGAAGUCCUGCAGUUUUGGUUGAGUGGUUUGCAUCAAUCGUUGCAUUGCAUUCUCAUAAUUACCAUUCUACAGUAUUGUCGGCAUCCCGAGAAAUCCCAUCUUCUUUUCCUACUAGCUAGCUAGAUUAUAUAGACCAUGAUUUGCCGACCAGCUGCCGUUCGGGCCAUGGCCACCCGUGCAUCCACCAUGACCGUGGCCCGUCGUGCCGUGGUACAAGGAAUUCCCUCUCUUUCCACUCUGGCCACAACAACCGCAUCGUCCCCCGUCUUUACUAAUAGUACUAAUACUGCCGCCCAGCAACGAUUUCAGUCGACCGCCGCCGCCGUGGCCGAAGAACAAGCCACUACCGGAACAUCCAAAGCUCCCAAAACAUUUGUCCCGACCCCCGAACGCCAAUACGAAAACUUUACCAAUGUGGAAAUCACCGCGGAUGGCGUGGCCAUUAUCCGUUUUGACUGUGCCAAUCAAUCCGUCAAUACCAUUUCCUUUGCCGUUGCUGACGAAGCCAAAACACUCUGGGCCAAGGAAAUUGAACACAAUGACAAUGUCAAGGCCGUUGUGUUUGCGUCCGCGAAACCCGGGACGUUUAUUGCCGGAGCCGAUAUUAAAGACAUUAAAGCGUGUGAAAACAAACAAGAUUUGGUACCCAUUAUUGAAGAUGGAGUCAACAUGUUUCAAAAGAUUCGUGCCAAGAAAAUUCCAUUAGUCGUGGCCAUUGAUGGUGUCGCUCUCGGUGGUGGACUCGAAUGGUGUCUCUGGUGCGAUUAUCGCAUCUGUACCGAUUCGCCCAAAACCAAAAUGGGACUGCCCGAAGUCAAACUGGGAUUGUUGCCCGGAUUUGGUGGAACUCAAAAAUUGCCCCAGUUGGUCGGUGUUCAAGCGGCGCUGGAUAUGAUGCUCACGGGCAAGGAUAUUCGUCCGGCAAAAGCCAAGAAAAUGGGAUUGGUCGAUCUCGUCGUGGCACCGGCAUCGCUGGAACAGGUCGCCAUUGAUUCGGCACGACAAAUGGCCAAUGGUACACUCAAACCCAAACGCAAACAAAAGAGUACCAUGAACAAGAUGCUUGAAGACAAUCAGUACGGACGAAAAAUCAUUUGGAAUCAAGUGGAAAAAAUGGUCAACAAGCAAACCAAUGGAAAUUAUCCCGCUCCCUUUGCCAUUAUGCAAUCGGUCGAGUACGGAUUGCAAAAUCCCGGCGACAAGGGAUUGAAGAAUGAACGGGAGCAAUUUGCCAAAUUGGCCGCCACGUCGGAAUCGGCGGCAUUGAUUAAUAUCUUUGAAGGCAUGACGGCCAUGAAGAAACACAACUUUGGGGCCGAUGCGGCCGUGCCCGUCAAGAAUAUUGCCGUCAUGGGGGCUGGACUCAUGGGAGCUGGAAUUUCUCAAGUAUCGGUCGAAAAGGGCAAGUACAAUGUCAUGCUCAAGGAUCGGGAUGAUGCCGGUGUUGGACGUGGCAUGUCGUUGAUCACCGAUGCUUGGAAGAAGAAGCUCCAGAAAAAGAGAAUGACACAGUAUCAGGCCAACAUCAACACGUCUUCCAUCACACCUCUCACGGAUGACAAUCCCGUCUGGGAAAAGCACUUUUCGCAGGCGGACGUUGUCAUUGAAGCCGUUUUUGAAGAUUUGGAUUUGAAGAAACGUAUUGUCAAGGAAAUGGAACGGGUCACUCCCGAGCACUGCAUCUUUGCCUCCAACACUUCGGCCAUUCCCAUUACGAAAAUUGCUGAGGGUGCGGGACGACCGGAGAACAUUAUUGGAAUGCACUAUUUCUCACCCGUCCCCAUGAUGCCGCUCUUGGAGAUUAUCCCUCAUGAGGGAACCAGUGAUGCGGCCAAGGCGACGGCCUUUGAAGUUGGUACCAAGCAGGGCAAGACUUGCAUCGUGACCAAGGACGUGCCAGGAUUCUACGUCAAUCGUUGCUUGGGACCCUUUUUGGUGGAGGUUUCUGCCUUGGCCCGCGACGGUGUCUCCUUGGAAAUGUUGGACAAAUCCAUGACCAAAUUCGGCAUGCCCGUUGGACCCGUGACACUGGCAGAUGAAGUUGGUAUUGAUAUUGCCAGUCACGUCGCAACUUUCUUGUCUGAGGCCGACUUGGGCGUGCGCAUGACGGGAGGAGAUGUCUCGCUCUUGCAGGAAAUGGUCAACCGAGGAUGGUUGGGCAAAAAGUCCGGACAAGGAUUCUACACCUACCCCAAGGGCAAGGGCAAGAAGAAGUUCAUCAACGAUGAAGUCAAGCAAUACGCCAAAAUGUUUGUCGAAAACGACCUCAAGUUGGAAGAAAAGGAAGUCCAAGAUCGACUUGUUUCUCGAUUCAUCAAUGAGGCUGCCAAGUGUGUGGAGGAUGAAAUCAUUGAGAGCCCCGAAGUGGGUGACAUUGGUCUCAUCUUUGGAACCGGUUUCGCUCCAUUCCGUGGAGGACCUUUCACCUACCUCGACCAAGUGGGUGUCACUCAAUACGUGGACAUGAUGCAUGGUUUUGCCGACAAGUAUGGGCCACAAUUCGAGCCUUGCCAGUUGUUGAAGGACUAUGCCGCCACAGGCAAGAAGUUCCGCAACUAGCUAGAGGAGGGGCUCUGGUACAACAACUACUUGGUAGUUAAUUUGACAUUCUCUUUUGAAUAGAACUCAUCAUGCAUACAUGUAAUGCUAGCUAGUAGUUUGCUGUCAAAGUACUGGUACCUGGUAGUCUGAGAGGCUGGGACAUACUGUAUACCGGUAUCCUCAUGAGGGGUUGAU